GAGGUUGGGAAAUCAGCCGGCGGAGGGAGGAAGGAGGGAAGAGUCCACCGUGGGGCGGACGAGGAGCUGCUUCAAAAGGCACCGCGCAAGCCCCUUGCGACUCGGAUGCAGUCCCGGCGAGAUGCUCCAGUGAGAGUCGCUUUCUCCAGGGAAGCGCGGCGCUGGGUUGCCGUCGCGCCCCCGCCGCGGCGCAGCCACUUUCCAGGGGAUCCCUUGGGGCUCGCCCCUUUGCAGGUGUGGGACGCUUCGCCCGCCUGGCACUGGCGAGGGGCACGAGGGACGCCUCUGCCUCGUAACGCGGCGAGGGAAGCUUGUUCUGUUCCACUGCAAGCGUGCCUGUGUCUGCGGGUGCGUUUAGAAUAUUUUUAACUUUCCCCUCCGCCUGGCUUCAGGAGCAGGCUAAUAAUCUCAGCCACUGCUGCCAACUUUGGUUUUUCAGCCCAGUGUUUACAAGCCUUUCGUGAUGAAAGAUUUCUGGUUGUGUUUUUCAAUGGGACGCUUUGCCUUGUGCUCCUCUUCUUCAGAAGUUGUCUGUUUAGCUGCCCUUUCCAUGUGAAGAGGAGAAUCUUGGUCAGUGCCAAGGGCCCGUCUGCCCAGAAAAACCACCCGCCCCAUCAGAGCUGCAAAACGCACCGACAGGACAUCAGAGUAUCGCAUUGCUGAGACAGGACUAGUCAUGGGGGGAAACCUUGGCUGUCACCGGUCCAUCCCCAGAGACCCUUCAGACCUCUGCCACAGUCGAAAGUUCAGUGCAGCGUGCAACUUUAGCAACAUCCUCGUCAACCAGGAGAGACUGAACAUCAACACCGCCACUGAGGAGGAGCUCAUGACUUUGCCUGGCGUCAACAGGAUGGUUGCCCAAAACAUUGUGGAGUACCGGGAGUAUAUUGGGGGCUUCAAGAAAGUGGAGGACUUAGCCUUGGUCAGUGGCGUUGGAGCCGCUAAGCUGGAGCAGGUCAAGUUUGAGAUCUGCGUGAGCAGCAAAGGCAGUUCAGCCCAGCACUCGCCCAGCUCUUUACGAAAGGACCAGAACCUCGACCACCUUUCUGCUGCCAAGAUCAAUAUUAACACGGCCACACCUGCUCAGCUUAUGAGCAUCCGUGGCAUAACAGAGAAGAUUGCCAAUGGCAUUGUAGAGUACCGUAAGGAGCAUGGGCCCUUCAAGAGCAUUGAAGACCUAGUCAAGAUGGAUUGCAUCAACUCCUCAUUUUUGGACAAAAUCCGACAUCAGGUGUUCGCAGAGCGGUCGCGGCCCCCUUCAACAAACACCAAUGGUGGCCUCAAUUUCAUGGUCAAACCUCACCCAAGCCCCACCUCACUCAGCCUUCAGAGUGAGGAUUUGGAUUUUCCGCCAGGAGGGCCAACUCAGAUUAUCUCCACCCGGGCCACUGUGGAGAUGUUUGGUGGGAUGCGGGAUGGGAAGCCUGUCUUGAGGGUGGCCACCUGGAACCUGCAAAGCUGCUCUGUUGAAAAAGCCAACAAUCCUGGUGUGCGAGAAGUCAUAUGCAUGACCCUACUAGAAAACAGCAUCAAGCUUUUGGCCGUUCAGGAGUUGAUUGACCGAGAUGCACUCGAGAAGGUUGGAAUGAACGACCUCACACUGGUUAACCUUCACUUGGCUCCUUUGCCUACAGUGGGAGAAAACACUGUGAAGAACCAUAAUAGCCACAAGUUAGCAUCUUUUGCACAGACACUGCAGGAAACACUGAAAGGUGAAAAAGAUGUGAUCAUUCUAGGAGACUUUGGUCAGCCUCCAGACAGCAGCGACCACGACCUGCUGAGGAAGGAAAAGUUCCAUCAUCUGGUCCCUGCCAGCACAUUUACAAACAUCAGCACAAAGAACCCGCAAGGCUCCAAGUCUCUGGAUAACAUCUGGAUCAGCCGUAGCUUGAAAAAAGUUUUCACUGGUCAUUGGGCAGUUGUGAGGGAAGGCCUUACGAAUCCCUGGAUCCCUGACAACUGGUCAUGGGGUGGGGUGGCAUCAAGCCACUGCCCUGUGUUAGUGGAAUUUUACACAGAGAGGGACUGGAACCGAAAGGACCUGAUGCGAAAUGGAAAUGGAGUGAUGGUGGAAUGCAGUGACUCGAACACUAAACAUGAGCGAUGAUGCACAACCAUGCUGACUUCCCUUCCCUUUCCUGGAGUGAAGGUCUGAAGCUCCCUUUGCUCAAGGCCUGAUGGUGAACCAGAACUGCCUUUUUCUCCUCAUUUAAAGAGAAUCAGCUUCUGCUUUUAACAUCUCCCUUUCCCAUUCCUGCCUUUGUGCCCCUUUAUGGAUGUUUUAGGGUAUCCUGUUGCUGUCGAAUGAUUUGUGACUUUAUGGAGACGUGGUGGACACUUCUGUGCUUGGAUACCUGGAUAACUGCAAAUAAAACGCACUUUUUAAUACUGUA